CCCUCAUAUCUCACCGCGCACUUGUUCGCACUUGUCUCACCGGCGCCUUGCACUCACCCGAUGCUAUUUCCAGCGAAACGUCGUCCUUUCCCGCUCCGAUGGGCCGUUUGUCUUCUCCACAGGAAUAACAGAAGGUAUACCGUGUGUGAAUGACCGAAUACGCAUGACGGAACGAUGCGUGCUCCCCGGUUUGAUUGCGAUAGAACGCCGGGCAUGGAGAGAAGAAGGAAAGAGAAAGUGCAAGCGGAGCGAAGCAGGCGUGAAGGAGACGGCAGGUCGGACACGAGGACAACGAAGCCGCGAAUAGUGAGAGCAGGGAUGUACGAACGUGUUUGAACAGCCAUCGUGUGUGUGUUCUGCAGUUCUCUCUUCCAGAAAAAAAACAAGCUGCAAAAGCGAUCGUACGUCCCUGCCGUUGCAGCAUGGUGGGGGCAGAAAGAGCGGAGACCGAGGGUGUCGGUCGUCAGGUCGGCGCGGCGACGAGCAGUGGCGAGCGGACUCGUAUGCGAGUCGAGUGAGUUUUCGUGAAGGUGUCGUCUGAGGGCUCGCGCCGCGGCGAAACUUGACAGUCUACAGUGAAAGAACUUGCGCCGGACAAGCCAACUAGUGUACAGGCAUUCUCCGACCGUGGAACGGUUUGCGUCUCAUCAGAAAGCUUCACAAAGGCUCGAGCGAAAAGCUCGGAUCGCGAAGGACCUCUCGUAAUCAUGAAAGGUCUCGGCUCGUCGCGAAGCAGCACCCAGCAUCGCGGAGGAAUUUCCUGGUGAGCCUUCAUUGGACACAGCGCUCGCGACAACGGUGGCGGUCUCGGGCCUCUCGCGAGAAGUACCGCAAUUUCGAAAGGGCGGGGGUGCGAGCUAUCGAACGGCCUUGCGGAGAUGCACGUGCGUCGCGGCGCUCACUGGAGAUAGGACGCACCGCUGUCUCCGUCCGAAAACAAACGUCACGUUUCUGGCGAUAGUAAAUCGAACGGGAGCCGAAUUUCGUGACGUUUAACAGCAUCGCGUGUUAUAUUCCAUCCUAUAAAUGCCGACGCGACAACGUCGGUAUUCUCUGUUCUGGAAGUCUUCCGUAAUCAGCAAAAGAAUCAUUAAUAACACAAUUUUUAUUGCCAUUUAACAUAUGAGACGUCAUCGCACGCGGAUACGCUUUACGAAGACGGAUACAACAGCUGAUAUAUUCGUCUUGUAGAAGUUUUGCAGACUUGCUGGCAAUUAUCAAAGAUAUGAACCGGAUAUGACGGCGGACACGUGUGUCAGCUCGACUUAUCGGUGUCGUGACGUCGAUAGCUUCUGAAGGAGCUUGGAAUCACUCCAUAGUCAUCGACCUAGAUAUGACGACGUGCUCUCGAGUGCGCUCUCGGACACGAGAUUUCCCGACUGCUUCUGGAUAAGAAGAUUCGAAAUGCCGCAAUCGUCGUGCCGUCGAGCCAAAUAUGACGUGGAGUGCGUCACAUCGGGAUGUUAAAGUUCAGAUUGCGAUAAUCGUCGACAUUUCUUCGUCAAGUGUCCGAUGACAACGCGGAGAGGGACGAUUUUACGAACAGCGAGAUUCUCAAACGGUAACUCUGCGGGAUUUUGAUCGCCAGGAUGCUGCCGCCGAGCGUGAUUGACGUGCAGGCCAGCACGCCGCGCGAUGUGAUGCUGAGCAGUCGCGGUCUGCUGACAUCGGAGACGAUAUGCGGCGCCGCCGAGCUGCGGCCGACCUUCGAAGGAACGACGUGUCACAUCCUCAAGUGUCACGAGGAGUUCGACGAGACGAUCCGCACCGUCUCGGAGCCGGAGAGCUCAAAACGGAGAAUCGAGAAUUCGGCGAAUUCGGGAACCGGCAGCACCAGGUCGGCGCCAGACGGCCGGCCGCGUCCGGGCUUCUCCAAGGGCUCUGCCUCUCUGCAGAGCCUGGUUCGUCGAAGAAGCCGCAGACAUGGCGGCGGCUCGUCCCUACCCUCGGAGAUCGAGCUGUCCUCGAGGCAGGCCGUCCACCCCGUGGACCUCGUCAAGGACAUUGGUAGCGCGUUGCCGGUCUUCCGGAACGAGGAGGAAGCGCAAACCGCGACGCCGACUUCCACGCUCAUCUACGCGACCACCAACUCGGCGCAACCAUCGACUUCGAGGCUGACCGACAACCCAACGGCACAGGAUGUUUCCUCGUCGGCCAGCAACGUAGCGGCUACCACUACAGGCGGCAACGUCACUUCGACAACAAACGCCGGACGUCUCGGAAACACAGCUGUCGCGUUGCUGAGGUCGAUCAGCGUCGCGAAGCCGGGUCCCUCGACGUCGUCUUCGUGGAACAGCUCCACCGAGCAGGAGAGCGACUACGUCGUCGAUCCUGUGCAGGGAAACGCUUACUACAAAGGCCAGUUUCUGGGAAAGGGCGGCUUUGCGAGGGUCUACUUGAUGACUGACGUCAGUAAUGGAAAUCAAUACGCGUGCAAGAUUAUUCCGAAAAAUCGGAUGCAGAAAAUUCACAUGCAAAAGAUCGCGCGCGAAAUCAUGAUUCACAAGGAGCUGAAUCAUGUGAACGUCGUCCAGAUGCAUCACUACUUCGAGGACAAUCUCAACGUGUACAUGCUCCUAGAAGCCUGCCCACGAAAGAGCUUGAUGCACGUGCUGAAGUACCGCGGCAAAGUCACGGAGCCGGAAGCGCGUUACUACAUGAAGCAAAUGGUGACCGGCGUCGCGUACAUCCACUCGCAGAAAGUCGUUCACCGGGACCUGAAGCCGGGCAACAUGUUCCUGUCGGAUCAGAUGAUCGUCAAGAUAGGCGACUUCGGACUGGCGACCAGGCCUGACGGGCAACGCAGACGAGUGACGAUAUGCGGCACGCCGAACUACAUCGCGCCGGAAGUGCUGUACAAGCAGGCGUACAGCUACGAGGCGGAUGUUUGGGCGCUGGGCUGCAUACUGUAUGCGCUGCUGGUAGGACAGCCGCCUUUCGACACGGCCACGCUUAAGGAAACCUACGCGAGGAUCUGCAACAAUCACUACCGCGAGGUGGACGACAGUAUCGCGAGCCGGAACGGCCAGGAUCUGAUCAGGUGGCUGCUGCAGUCGAAUCCCGAGCUGCGGCCGAGCCUGGAGACAGUGAAGGAACACGCUUACCUCACCAAGGAAUACGUGCCGGCGUCUUUGCCGCACACUUGCUGUUACCAGAUGCCACCGGCGUCGAUCAUCGAGCCCCCCUCGUCGCCCUCCUCGGUCUCCACGGUCGCUCGGAAUCAAGAUACCAACAAGGCGCAGGUGUGGCAGCAGAGCCUCGUUCAUCCCGACGCGUCUCUGCGCUAUCGGCAAUCGUCGAUUCCAAGUCAGCAAGCGCAGCAGCAGCAGCAGCAGCAGCAGCCGUCGUCGCAACACCAGCAACACCUGCUGAAUCGCUCGCAUAAAAGUCUGCAAAAGGAAUCCAAGGUGUCCAGCUGGCUGGUCAGGAAGCUGCCCAAGUUGCCGCGUUUCCGACAACGGCUCAGCAGCGUGCUUUGUCCGGAUCACAAGAAGACCGGUCUCGUGGCGCAGAGCGUGCAGAUGCAUCGCGCACUGGAGGCCUGCGUAACGGAGAUAAAGCGAAGCAAUGCGUGCAAUCCGCCGAUCGUGGAGGACAUUGUGCCGCUCUUCGUCACCAAGUGGAUCGAUUACUCGAACAAAUAUGGGCUGGGCUUUCAGCUGUCCGACAGGUCGGUCGGCGUUCUCUUCAACGACAACACGAAGAUCAGCUACACUCACGAUAGAAGAAGAGUGGAGUACAUGACGACCGACGACGAGGUGACGCUGUAUCACCGAGAGAGAGACGUGCCGGUGCCGCUGCAGAAGAAGCUCGAGCUACUCCGUCAUUUUACCGAGUACAUGGAUGACUUCUUGACAGAAGCGGCGCGGCCCGAGGCUAACGAGCAAAACAUUAACACAGCGCGCGUUAAUGUGUGCCGUCUAGGUGGUGAGCUGAAAAAAUACCGCGCGCCGCCGCGGCAGUCGAAAAACGCUUGCGUGCCGCGGAUGAGACGGUGGCUGCGCACGGACAAGGCCAUCGUGAUGGAGCUAACGGUACCGCUCCUGCAAGUCAACUUCUUCGUGGACCACACGAAGAUGGUGGUGUCGCAGGAGUCCGCUGGCCGGGGCUACCUCAUCACUUACAUCGACACCGGCCGCCACGCGUCCUCCUAUUGGCUCGACGACCUGCGCGACUUCGGCUGCACCCCGGACCUCUACGACCGCCUCUAUUACGUCUGCAAGGUGACGCGCGAGUUCGCCGAGCUGGACAACAACACGAUUGCCUGACGAUCGCCGACGAACUCCCGGCCGACGCGCCGCGGUUCGUUCAAAGCCCGCUGAGUCCGCGAGAUCUCGCAGAUACCUGAUUUAGCUCUUAUCCGGGCGAUAUUUUCCUUUCCACGGAAAGUGGCAGUCGAAUAUUAUGCUGUUCAAGUUCCUCGACUUCUCAAAAAAAUCAAUAACUAUUUAUUUUUACGAGGAAAAUGCAAUUAUUGUAAUAAGGAAGAACGACAUUCGGGGCUCGGGUUACCGGGAUAAGAGUUAAGAAAAUAGCGGCGAUGCAAGUGCGUCACGGUACGUACCGUUACGCGCAUUUCGCGGGAAGUCAUAAAUAAGAAUGUCACGCGUGCAAGUUCGUGAGAAGGCGUGUCGUGCGAGACGCCGCGGCGCGAGUGCUUCCGUUGAUUUAUGAACCUGUGUUGUUUCCACAAAAUUAAAAAGAAUCCCCCCGUCGAAACGGGGAGUGUUGAGGGUUCGCGCGAUAGUCCCGGCGGGCUAUCGAUUUUAACCAUACGUAAGCGAGUUGUGAUAUGUUUUACAUCCUACAAAGUUCUAUAUAAAUUAAUCUAAUACGAUUGAAAUUUCUGGUUUGAUACCGUCAUAUUCGUCCGCGUGCGAGAAGAGUUGAUUCUCUCAUGUUGAAGACUAGAUAAAUCGAUAAGUAAUCGCUUGAUCAAACUGCCAUCAUUGAUGAUGUUUGAUGAAUUGAAAUAAGAUAUAUAUAUAUAUAACUAUGUCCUUUUUCUCCAAUUAACAUUAAGAGCGACGGAGAUAUUACCCAAAAAUCGCGAGAGCUACGCACUAUUUUUACGCACAGUGGCAUUUUUACGCAGAUCUCUCAUACUUGUGCGAGAAGGAAAUUCAGACGGACGCGCAAAUUGUCGAAAUCAAUGUGAUAUGAGUGUUGUAACCAAUUUUACGAAAUACGUAUCCGGUGACACUUUUCGUCAUACAAACGUCAAGACGGCUCGCGACUAAGAGAGUGUCACAACAUUACUACUACCUCCGUUAAGUAGGUAGCACAGGUAGCUGUUAGUAUAUUUAUUUUUCACGGCGCAGAUCUCCCUAGUUCAGUGCCUAUAUAACGAGUAAGUGAACGACAUUCGGUAGAUAUUCAUCGGGUAAAUCGAGUGUAUAAUUUUAUUACAUUUCGAGCACAUGUGUCACGCGACGUGCGAGAUGUAGAAUUGUUCGAAACAAUAGAAGAUCUUUUCACGCGCAAAAUUCUUCUUCUGCUAAAGAACACGUUGUUAUGAGAAUCUAAGCUCCACUUCACGAUCCACUGUUAAGACACCGCGUUGCCUGUAUCGAAUUAUAAUGUGGAAAGUCAAACCUUGAAACUAUUCAAAGAGAGUCAGUCAGCGCGAACAAGUCUGAAAGAUAUCUAAAUAUUUCUCUUCUGAUCUCGUGAGACAUCUUUUAGACUGACGCGUUAUUUGAAAAACAAUUUGCAAUACCGAGAUCGUUGCUGAAAGACAUAGAUCUGUGCGAUAAGCAUGCAUGUGUGUGUAUGUGUGUGUAUGUGUGUGUGCGCAAACGAGAUUAUUGAAACGCGCUAUUUACCGCGCUGUUUUUUAAAAUAAUUCUUUCGACAUAUUUGAGGCCGAUUUUUAGUUCCAUAUAUGAUACUUGCAUUGUGUAGAUGCACGAAAAAAAUCGCAUUUUUUUAUACGGUUUGCCAUCGAGUACUUAAAACUGGCUCGAAUUAUCUCGCUGUAUUAACCGUCGCGCGAGCAAAGCAAGCCGCGGAAAAUUCUUAGCGAAUCCUAGUCACGAUUCCACUUUUUUAGAUCUAAGACGAGCGACGAGUGUCACUGCCAUCGUUGUUACGCCGUGGUAAUGCGUUGCUGCUAUAUAUCCAGGCUGUUACGUUUAUAGUUAAUACUAUUUAUUGGUUGCGUUUAUACGCGCUUGUUGAGAGUUUCAUUAUGGGUUUUUUUACUGAGCGGCGCGGCGCGAGAGAGUUCGUGAUGUUUCGCAGCGUGGAGGCGGACUGCGCCUUGAACGCCUUUUCAUACGUGCAAUCGUUUAAUUUCCCUGCUGCUAUUCGCAUCGUCAGGGAAACUGGCUCGCCUUUUAGCAGACCACUUAAGCGAAUUAGAACAUCUCGAGGGUUGUAAAGCCUCACGAACGGCCGCGCCCCAGUUAUUGUUGUUUCGGUGCUUUCGACGUAUGACACGAUCGCGUUUAGUGUAUUCACGUAUAUCGCCAACGAGAAAUAUGCAGAGAGACGCGAUCGUGUAUUUUUUAACGUACGCAUUUUUCCGGCGUGACGCACGCAACGUGUCAUGUUCGAAUUGUUCUACUUCCUGUUAUUGUGUACAUUAAUACCGCUAUUAUAGUUAUUGUAAUUUAAUUAGAUUAUUAAUUGUUACUAUUAUUUUAUUAUAUUAUUAUUAUUAUUUUAUUAUAAUUAUAUUAUUUCAGUACUAUUGCUGCUAUAUCGCUAUAUUGUCCACUAUCGACAAUAUUAAUUGUCGCCGUAAUGACUGCAAUUUAGUAAAAUUAAUUACUAAUAAUAAUGGCAAUUGCGCUGCACCACGGACGAGUCUGUUAUUCGCAUCUAAUGCGACGGUUGUCGUUAUAUGUAAAAUGCAGUGAUAUUAUUAUAAUUUUUAAACACGAUAAUGCAUUACACGUUACACGCGUUUCAUGCAACGAAGCGGCAAUUAACACUAAGGAUCUCAAAUUUAUUGCUUUGUACGUCUUCUGUGAAGCGGAAAUGAAGUAUUAGAUUCGAAGCAAUAGGCGCUGUUGUGAACAGCGAAUCGUGUAAAUUAGAAGAAGGAGAGUGUCGCUAGUGAAACAUUUAAUAAAGCUACAAUUUUGAUAAAGCAUCAA